UGGAGGGAUCAUUUCUCUUAGUAGAGAAUUAGAAGACUCGCUGAGUUCAGUUGGAAGGAUGGCGAAGCAGUUACUGGAGUAGCAGAAAGAAAUGGAGGACGCCAAGCGUGAAGCGGAAGCCCGAAAGGCUAAAGAAGAGACAGAGAAAGCUGCGAAAGAGGAGGAGGCAAAGCAUGCAUUGCAAAAGAAGUUGGAGAAGGAGGAGAAGGAGAGGAAGAGGCAAUGGGAGAUUCGAAAGCUUCUAGCGGAGCAAGCGGCGGAGUAUGACUCGAAACUGGAUAAAUUGGUGACUUUGAGUAAGAAGAUGAGAGGAGUUUCGAUUGGAGAUAAAAAGAAAGGGAAAGCAACUACACCACCGAGUUCAGAUGAAUCUGAAGAGGAGGCAGAGGAAGUAAUAACUCCGCUUAAUGACAAAAGAAAAAGGAGGGACUCAACAGGGGCGGUGGAGAAUAGCCCGCCAGUGGAGACCCCGAAGAAACUUGGAAGGAAGGAGGGUACUGAAACUCCAGGUAGCCAGAAGAAGAAAGGGCGGGGAAGACCGACGAAGGCUGAAUCACAGGUCGCAAGGCUUGCCAAAGGAGAAGACCCGUGGGAAGGAGUUCCUACGGGUGAGAAGUACGCAACUGAAGCUGCUUAUCGGAAGGCUGUGAGAAAGACCAUUGGUUCCUUCUACCUCGACACGCUGAAGACCAUGUGCAAAGGAGUAGGGUUGCCUUUCUACGGGGUGAAUGACGCAAUUGACACUCUAUCGGAGCUACGAGUUACCUACUGUUAUCGAGGUAAGAAGCUCUCAGGUUCUACGUCGAAGAAGUCUACCGAAGAAGAGCAGAUAGGGGGCGAAGUUCCAGACCCCGAAGGAGAAGUCGAGAAAUAGUUCCGAGAGAUGGGAGUACCUCUUGAGAUUCUUGGAGGUCA